AUGGGCAAGACAGUUAGUCCUUUUAGCUCGUCGCUAAGCGAGGUUGGUGCGCGGGAUAGCGGUAUAACGGUUUCCAAUAGUGACGAAUCUCAGCCUUCGAACCUAUACAGAAUGGAUUACCCGCCACGUCUUCCAUUAAACCUAUCUUUCGAGAUCUCUGCCCGUUUCUUCGCGGGUGCCUCCGGAGUAGAGAUACACGCAAGCAUGGAGGGUAGCAGCACUUCGGCUCUAAUCCCUGGACCCCGUGAGAAAUUGAGUGCGCGUUCGGUUGGUCCUGGGAUAUCCACGCUGAAAGAUGUCUAUGAAUGA